GUCAAAGUACCCAACUGGUUCACAUUUUUUUCUAAGGUAUGUUUAUCAGGAGGAUGAAGAAUUCCCGAGAUAGUGGCAGAAAAGUGGCGUUUACUUCCGUCUCAAACUUUACUAUUCAGUCGAUUCUAGGAUCGGGGUCCGAGGAUGUGCGUAAAAACUGUUUAAAUUCUAGCUCCAGCUCCCCGUUGCCGCAAAGGCGCGCGCGCUCGGUGUCUUCAGAGCAAAACAGUGGUGGCGAGGAUUCUGCAGAUUUCUGCCAUUUACCUGGAGUGAAGAAAGCAUGCAAUGAUCUAAUCAAUAUAGAUUUUUCUUGUCAGAGUGACCAAAAAAGGCUAAUUCUCGGACAAGAGAUGGUGAAGAGACAACACAAACUUUUUCAUGACUGUAAUGCAAGAGAAGAGAAAUACUGCAACCAAAAAUCCCCUGCUAUUUCAGAAGAAAGGGAUGAUGUUGAUGACGACAGAACAGUCCAUUCAUCCAGGAAAAAGUCUCGGACAGUGUUCUCUCGGAGCCAGGUUUACCAACUAGAAUCAACGUUUGACAUGAAACGUUAUCUAAGCAGUACAGAACGAGCUUCCCUUGCCACCAGUCUACAACUGACAGAGAUACAGGUGAAAACCUGGUUUCAGAACCGAAGGAACAAGUGGAAACGUCUGCUUUCCGCCGAGAUAGAGGCCAUGAACAUGGCGCAUGCUUCAUCCGUACAACAAACUCUGGUUGGAAUGCCAUUCAUUUUUAAAGAUGAUAGUUUCCGACUAGGGGUUCCAAUUCCUAGAUCAAUGACAUUUCCUUCAGCUCUGUACUAUUCCGGGAGCAACAUGCCAACGUUACCUUUGUACAAUUUUUAUAAUAAAAUGUAAUAUAAUCAUUGCUAAUUAAUGUUUUACUUAAACCAUGUAUUUAUUAUAUUAUUAUGCUGUGCUAUUACAAUUGCCUGAUAAUAACAUUAUAAAAAAUGUGUUUCCCUGUGGGCAUAGAUUACUACAAAGCAAUUGGUGUUACAUUUAACAAUGGUCCAAUGUAUAUAUAAGGGUCCAAGUGUAAAAUUAACACAGUGCUUGGUGACGCUGUUAAACUUUCUCAGUAUUCGGGAAUUAAUAAUGUGACUAUUAUCCAAUAACACCUCAUAUUGUGUAGGCCAUACUACGGAUGCGAUAUGUGGUUUGUCCCUAUCUAUAAAG